UGAUCGGUUGACUAAGCUGCUGCUCCUCAGGGCACAAAUGUCUACAGCACAUAAGUGCCUCUCCUUUGGUUUUAUGGAGCGACAGCUUAUUUUUGCUCUAGUUUGCAGUGAGACACCUGGAGGGUGAGUCACAGCGUUCAUGAGUCAUUUUCUCUUUUAGACGUUUCAGUGACAAGGUUUCAUGACAAGAUUCACACUUUAACGCAAAGGCUGUGCCGGAGCACAAUGUGGACACUUUUUCGACCCUUUGGGAUUUAUUUUUACUUUAACAGCUGUUAGGUUGAUCUUAUGAAAGCUUAGUAAGAAGACAAUCACUGGUUGAAAGCGCCAUCUGCUGCCUCGGGACUCUACUGACAUCAGAAACGCUUGUUUCUAUCGAACCGUGUCUACAGGGAGCUGACACAGAAAAUCCGCUUUAACGAGGUCACAACUGGGACUUUCUUGAUCGUGACUGCUGGCAAAGGAGCUGGGUGCGUAAAAGACGACCUGUGCGUAAAAGACGGUCUGUGCGCGCCGCAGCCCACCACUCAGGUGACGCCCACAUACUUCACUCCUCGCUGUUUCGCUCCUAAAUGGGAUGUAGAGGACUUGAUUUCACUGCGCUUUGCUUGGUGGCAUCUUCACAGCUGGGAGACAUGAGUGGUGUCACGGUUUGGGCGGAGGAGGGCGACAUGGUUCCAGAGGAGGCGCGAUCUUCUCCCCCGUGGACGGAGGAGCGCUGCGAGGAGCUGUGGGACCGCGUGGAGGGAGUACGACACAAGCUAACACGAAUCCUCAACCCGGCCAAACUCACCCCGUACCUGCGCCAGUGCAAGGUCAUCGACGAGCAGGACGAAGAUGAGGUGCUCAACUCCACACAGUACCCCCUGCGCAUCAGCAAGGCCGGCCGUUUGCUGGACAUCCUGCGUGGUCAGGGCCAGCGAGGUCUUCAGGCCUUCAUGGAAUCCCUGGAGUUCUACCAUCCGGAGCAGUACACCCAGCUGACAGGAGAGAAACCGACGCAGCGAUGCUCCCUCAUACUGGAUGAGGAGGGUCCGGAGGGUUUGACUCAGUUUCUGCUGCUGGAGGUGCGUAAACUGAGGGAGCAGCUUCGAAACAGUCGCAUGUGUGAGCGGCGCCUGUCUCAGCGCUGUCGGAUGGCAGAGGAGGAACGCAGCCGCGCUGAGCACAAAGCUCAGGAGCUACGUCACCAAAGACUACAGCUAGAAAGGCUGCGUCAGGACUGGGAGUCAGCCAGUCGAGAGCUGGGAAAGCUGAAGGACAGACACCUGGAGCAGGCUGUGAAGUACUCCAGAGCCUUGGAGGAGCAGGGCAAAGCCUCAAGCCGAGAGCGGGAGCUGCUGAGGCAGGUAGAAGAGCUUAAGUCCAGGCUGUCAGAGGCAGAGAAAAACACAACUGAUGCUGCAGAGACGACCAAAACAAACUCUACUCGCUCUAUCGGAGUAAAUGGCUCUCCGCCUGCUUUGCCACAAAAGCCGCUGCGCUUCACCGAGGCUCUGAUGGACAUCCUGCAGCAGGACCGCAGGGAGGCUGCAGAGCAGAGGCAGGAGCUCUGCGAGAUCAUCACCAGACUACAGGGGGAGCUACAGAGCAGCGAGGAGCACAGAGACAAGUUGGAGUCGCAGUGCGAGCAGCUACAGCUGAAGGUGAGGACUCUCCAGCUGGACUGGGAGACGGAGCAGAAGAGGAGUUUGUCCUAUUUCAACCAAAUCAUGGAAGUGGAAAAGGAGAGAGAUCAGGCCCUGCGUAGCCGGGACAGCCUGCAGCUGGAGUACACCGACUGUCUGCUGGACAAGAACCGUCUGCGUAAACGCAUCGCGGAGCUGCAGGCCAACCUGGAGCAGCAGCAGAGAGAGCUGGAGAGGGAGAGGGAGAGGUGCCGGGAGCAAAUGGAUCAGAGCAACCCCUGUCUGCACUGCUCCCACCUGUCUCUGUGCAGCGAAGACCAGUGCUUUGGGCCCUGCUGUUCCCUCGGGCUGGACCUGAGCCCCCAGCCCAACAGCGCUCAUCUGAUACUACGAAAGGCGCCCUCUGGAGGCCAGGCCAACGAAAACUCGGACAAUUCUCCCUCCAACUCAGAUGAGAACCUCUUGUCAUCAACACAAGACGACGAAAAGGAGAUAAAUCGUCUUUCCAUAUUCCCGUUUCCACCUUGUAUGAACUCCAUCAACCGCCGGUUUAACACAGAGUUUGACUUGGACUCGUGGGGCAGUGAUGAGAACGACAACAUCACAGGUGAACAGAAUGACCCUUCCCUGUGGGACUCCUGUGCCUCCUUACACUCCCAUCUCUUCCCCCCUGACCUGGUCAACCUGCCCACAGUCUCUUCACACAACGCCGUUCCCAGUGCUUCCAGGAAUCCUCCUUCCUCUCCGUCUCCGAGUCCCCCCGACUCGCCGAAGCACGGAAGAGCCAGUCUAGCGGAUGAUAUCGUAAUAGUCGGAGGAAACCGAACAGGGAUCUUUGUCAGCCACGUGAGAGCUGGUUCCCCGGCUGAACAGUGUGGCCUGAAGGAGGGCAGUGAGCUGCUGGAGCUGGAGCGGGUUCUGUUUGGUGGCGGAAGUGUGCUGCUGGCUCAGUGCACGGCUGAGGUGGCCCACUUCUCUCUGCAGUGGUGGACCGAGCCCUCAACACUCAAACACCAGAGCAACCCAGAGGCAUACUCUAAGCUCUGCUCCCAGCUGUCGUUGCCUACUUUUAUGGGUGCUGAUUCCUUCUACGUGCGCGUCAAUCUCAACAUUGAGCCUCACGGUGACCCGCCAUCUCUGGGCGUGUCCUGUGAUGAUAUUAUACACGUCACGGACACACGGUACAACGGAAAAUACCACUGGCACUGCUCCUUGGUUGACCCAAGCACAGCCAAGCCCCUGCAGACAGGAACGAUGCCCAACUACAACAGGGCUCAACAGCUGUUACUUGUAAAGUUACGAAAAAUGGCGCUGGAGCAAAAAGACUUCAAGAAGAAGUUUUUAAAGAAAGCAUCCGUCCGCGUACGGCUGGUGAAAGCAGUGGACCCCAGCUGCCGUGGGCUCGGUUCCACACAGCAGGUCCUCUACACGCUCAGCAAACGUCACGAGGAGCACUUAAUCCCAUAUAGUUUGGUGCAGCCGGCGCAGGUUCAGACGAAGCGGCCGGUUAUCUUCUCCCCGUCGCUCCUCUCCCGCGGUCUGAUAGAGAGGCUGCUCCAGCCAGCAGAGUCGGGUUUGAAGUUCAACACCUGCCCACCAGAGCCCAUUCAGGCUUCAGAGAGACAAGACAAGAGAAUAUUCUUGCUGGACUCCUGCAGUCCGGAGCAGGCUCUGGGCAUACGGCUGCAGUCGAUACAAGACGUCAUCAGCCAGGACAAGCACUGUCUGCUGGAGCUGGGCCUGCCCAGUGUGGAGGGCUUACUGAGACAGGGCAUUUACCCCAUCGUCAUCCAUAUUCGCCCUAAGAACAAAAAACACAAGAAGCUGAGGAAAUUCUUCCCACGGUGCGGGGAGGACAGCGUGAUGGAGGAGGUGUGCCAGGCCGAGGAGCUGCAGCUGGAGACGCUGCCUCUGCUUUACUACACUCUGGAGCCCAACACCUGGAGCUGCACCGAGGAGCUGCUGGCCGCCCUACGCAACGCUAUCCACAGCCAGCAGAGGGCAGUAGCCUGGGUGGAACUGGAUCGGCUGCAGUAGAGGACAGAUACAGAACAUGUACUAUGGAUUCAUAGCCUGAAUACAACAACUUUACGUUAGAAAGUCAAAGUAGAUUGCAGCUUUCUAGCCCAGCUGGACUGGCUACAGUGGAAGAAAAGUGUUUUCUUUUUUUUUAUUAUUAAACUGAUUUGAGCCACAUGACAGGUCUGUACUGACUUACCUGUUUCUGUAUCAGUAGGAAUUACGUUGUAAUAUUACUUUCUCAGACAGCUUCCUACACUUCAAGUUUUAUUAUAUAACUGCUAUUUUGAAAUAACACCCAAAGGGAUCACACAAGGUGCCCAUUUAUGAGCGAUAUAAGAAGCUAUAAGGACACAAAGACAGAUUAAAGUGUUAAAGGAUUGUAGUAUGUGGGGAUGUAAUGGAGGGUUAAAAUCUGCUCACUUGCAUUUCAUUUUUAGUAUCGACUUCUAGGCUGACACAGUCUUUUAGAAACAAAGUCCAGAUCCUCACAAUUUUGGACAGAUACGUAUUUUUCCUCACUCAGGCUUCACCAAAUUCAGUUUGAAAAUAAUUAACUACAGAUGCUCCAGUAAAAUGGUGAGUUUUAUGUUUACUUUGAAAGGGUUUGUAUUUUUAUUAAAAAUAUCCUUUCUUUAAUCACUUGAUUUCAAAUUGAAAAGGCCGAAACACUGAGCCCCGAGAACAAAAAAUGUGGUAUCAUCCAAAUGCUUUGGACUACAGGACUGUAAACCUGUUGUAUAGAUCAUACUAAAAGUAUAAAAGGCCUUUAGUUAUAGCAAUUAAUGUCUAAUUACACUAGAGUGUACAAAUUUUUUUUUAAAAUGUCUUUUCUUUUGUAACCUGUUAGAAAAAAUAAAUUAUUGUAAAACAUUUUGACUUCACAUGUGUAUUCAUAAACAAAAAGAUGUCA